AUGGGCGGAGAAUAUUGCACUCACAUAACUGAUAUUAGGAUGAGUCUCUGUACAAUAGCUCGGCGACUAUGUCUUUCAAAAUCAUCCUCUGGGAGUCGCCUUUCGGUAAUUUGCGCUCAUCUAUACAGCACUGAGGCUGCAAAGGACACGGGUGCUAAGAAGUACAAGUACCCUGAUGUAUACGACCCAUAUGGGCCUAUGCCGCCACCGUCAGACAAAGUUGUGGAUCUAGCUGACCGCAUUGCUGCCCUCCCUCCUGAGGACAUCAAACAGAUUGCCCCAGCCCUUCUCUUCAGACUGAACCAAGAGCCGCCACAGGCGAUAUCUGGCCAGGGUUUCAGUUUUGGUGCUCAGGGUGGUUCUGGGGCCGGUGCUGGGAAGGCUGAGGAGAAAAAAGUUGAGAAGACAGUCUUCGAUGUCAAGUUGGAGAAAUUCGAUGCUGCUGCAAAGAUCAAGAUUAUCAAGGAGAUCAGAACAUUUACGGAUUUGGGGCUCAAGGAGGCAAAGGAACUAGUGGAGAAGGCCCCAGUCAUUCUGAAGCAAUCGCUCACAAAGGAGGAAGCGGAAGCAAUCAUAGGGAAGAUAAAGGCAGCUGGCGGUGUCGCUGUGAUGGAGUGA